AUGUCGUCCAAGACGCGCAUUGAAGCAGCCCUCGUUGUAGGCGGCACGGGAUUUCUCGGCUAUCAUCUCGUUCAACAUCUUCUAGAAGAUGACCACACUGGAAUGGUAGCAGUCGUCGACCGCAACGUCACCAAAAACACCCAUGAACGAGCCAAGUACGUGGAAUGCGACAUCACCGACGCGGAGUUUAUUCGGCAGAUUAUAGACGAGAUUAAACCCAGCGUCGUUUUCCAUUGUGCGUCACCGAUAGCAGCGCUCCCAGCAUGGCGAGAACCCGAGUUCUACGAGACAAACGUCAAAGGAACCGAGAUUUUUCUUAACCUGGCGGCUGAAAGUGAUUCUGUUCGAGCGUUUGUCUUCACUUCGAGCAUGGAUGUCUACGCCGAUCCUCCACAUACGAACGCGGACGAGACGUUUCCUCUCUGGCCUGAAUCGGAUAGAUCAAAUGAGUACAAUCGCACCAAGGCCAUGGGGGAUCGUCUCGUUCGUCAAGCAAAUGGCUCUAAGCUGAAGACUGUUGUGUUGAGACCUGGUCAUGCCUAUGGGGAGAGACAAGUGCAGGGCAUGAUUGAAGCUGUCAAUAUCGCUGCUGGGAACGGUCCACUCGUCCGAAUCGGCCAAGGGAAGAAUCAAGUGGAAGUCAUAUCUGCAAAGAACUUCGCCAUCGCCCAUACUUUAGCAGCGAAAGCACUUCUAGAUCCUAGUCGAGCAGCAGGAAAAGUCGAUGGCGAAGCCUUCAAUAUUUCUGAUGGUAGACCAGUGCCGUUCUGGCAUCACGUCCGCGUCAUAUGGGAAGCAGUCCGUGGAAGGGACGUCUCCGAAGAGAUUACCAUAUUGCCUGGGUGGAUCAUGAUUGUUGCUUCGUUCCUGGCCGAGUGGCUCUUCUGGACUUUCAGCCUUGGAAAGGCCAAACCACCGGUAGAGUUGAGAAGAAUGUCGGUGGAGUAUUGCCUGUAUGAUCAUACGCAUAGUAUCCAGAAGGCGAGGGAAAGGCUUAUGUUUGACCCAGCAUCGGAGCAUGAUACUGCUGUGGCCGGAGCAGUAAGAUGGAUGCUGGAAAAUCAAGAGGGCAUAGUGAAGAAGAACAAGUGA